GGGAAGAUGAGGGAAGGAAAGAGGGAAUAACAGCAAGGACGAGACGAGAUAAAGAAUGUGGGAGGUGUAAAUCCUGUACGGAGGAAGCGGCUGUGAGAGGAGGAGAGGUAUGAGGAAUAGGGAGCUGUUGGAGGUGUCCCAUGGGCAUGUUUGUCCUUUGGCCGUCCAGCCUGUGUGUCUCUGCUCUGCACACAGACGCUCCGGGAGGGAGAAGAAAGACCGUCUAAAAAUAAACUGACGCUCACCACCAGCAGAAAAACAAAAACCGAACCGACAAAUAAAACAGGAGGACGGAGGAGAACUGCUUUUUGUCUCCUUCGGCCUGUCUCAACACUCUCGCUGCUCCAUUUCUGUUUUUCUGUCCUCAUUAGGGCCUAAGAGGAGGUCAUGUCCCAGUCUGGAAAAGUCCUUCAUUUGUAUGUGGAAGUGAGGUCUGCCCCAGAUCAGAAGGGGGGGAAGGGGGAAUAUGGAGAGAAUGAAGAAGGGAUUGCUCAGGGGCAUUCUGUUGAGGACAGUCCUGCGGGGCUCCUGUCUCAGCUAGCGAGUCAGACCAUCACCAAGGCCUCCACAGCUCACCGUCUGGUUCAGGACUGCACACACAGCCAGUCUCCCUCUAGAAACACUGUUAGCUUUCAGCUCCAGCAAGCCAGCAGCUCCCCUACAGUCACCAAGCAUUGGAGUGCCCCCUGUGACGAAGUGUCUGCCGUCCACUCUCCACCGCUGACCUCUUCAGGAAAGGUCACUGUCCCUCAUACGCCUCCCAGCUGCCAGAGGUUUAACAAGGAAGAGGUCAAUCAUGGUAAGCGGUCUGUGGUCACCUUCAGUUACAUUGAGAAGUCCAAUGUAAAGACGUUGGACAGUCCACGCAAUUCAAGGACCAGAGAGGAAAGAUCCACUCCCUCUCACAUUCGUAAAAGGCUCAGCGACCCAGUUUGGUUCGGGAGUCCAGAUUCAUCGUGCAGCUCCAGUCCUAAGCUGACUUUCCGAUCUCCAGGGAGUCACCAGCAGACGUUCUCUCCCAGCCUUCGCCAACCACCCUUGGACCCCAUCGGCAGGGCAGCUACCCAGAGGGCCGUGGAAGAGUUUGGCUCCCCUUUACUGAGGAUUAAACUAGCCCAUGCACUUGAGCACACCUCACCCUCACGCUACAAUCAACAGCCACGCUGUCAGUCCUGGGCUGGGUCUCCUGUGCAGCGUCAGAACAUCAGCGUAAACCCCAAAGACUCCAUUGCUGACAGGAGCCAGGCUGUUUGCGGGCUGCCUCGUAGCCCUGCGUCAGACCAGCUAUCCUCCCAGUCCAGACAGUCUCCUCACUCAAAACCCAAGUCCUGUGUGGAGUCCCAGAGCCCUCUACCCUGGUCGGGAGGGGACAAAGCUGUGGCAGGGAGUCCAGCCACUAAAAGACACAUUCACAGGAUGUGUAACAGGAGCACUUCACCGCAGGGAGCAAUCCUCCAACUUGGCAAUAAUGUAAUUGAGGGCUUGAACCAGUUAAGUGACAGUAAAUCCUCCUCUCCAGCUCAUAGCCCUGAAGUGGCCCGCAGGCUAGCAGAGGAGGCUACCAAAGUAUCGUCUAUUUUCACAGAGGCAAGAAGGUCCUCACUGCACAAUGCUUUAGGUGAGUCUGCAAGUGGCUCAAACUCUGGAGAAUUUCACAAUUCAACUUCAAAUGCACAACAGUCUAAGCAAACACUCAAGAUGAAUAUCCCUUUAAACGACCAACUCACGCCAGCAGCUGACAACUCAGACUGUCACCAGCCUGAAAACUCCAUCUUGCAGUCGCAGUCCCUUGAAACAAACUCCCAUAAUAAUUAUGAAUCACAGCAGGAGGACCACAUUCAGAAAUCCCAGCAUCAGAACUCAAUUCUAUCAGCGGCUGAGAGUUCCCCCGCCAUUCCUUCACGUGUUCUCCGUCCCUCUCAUCCUCCCACUGAGCUCAGCUCUCCCAUGAGGGACCCCAGGCUAUUCCAAGCAGAGCUCCGAGCGCCAGAUACCCCCACCCUGCAUCGCCGUCAGCUCCCGCAGUAUACCAGAGACUCCUGGUCUCCGAGCCUGGACAAUAGAGGAGACAUGAGCUGCUUUGGGAGAGGGGACUGCACUGAGCUUGCUCGCAGGCUCUUUAUCAAUCAGGGUGUUGAGGAGGCACCAGUCAGCUGGACAUCCAGGCAACAGUGGGGCAAUCAGGUGGAGAACAGCCCCAGACCAAGUCCCGAGCUUGGAUUUGGGUCCGUCAAUGACCAAACUCCUGAUCGUCAAUCCAGUCGCCGUCCGAGGCCACUCAGUCCCACAGCUCAGCAGAAACGGGCUGAACAGAGGAGGAGAGAGAUCCUGCUUCUCGGACCAGUGGUGCUGGACUCUCCAGAGGAGGAUGAGGGUUGUGAUGAGGAAGGGCAGGGUCAUGACAUGGAGGGAUUUGGGGGAGGGCAGCAGCCACGGCUGCAAAGGGUAGAAGAGCCUCCAGAGGCAGAGCAGAAUGGAGCGAUGGGAGGGCCGUCCUCGCGGAGCUCCAGUGGGGUAACGGGCAGCUUGGGGGACAGGGACUGUGUGUCCCCCGAGUCCAGUCAGUCCAGCCACCAGAGCAACGAAACCGGGGCCGCCACCUCAGGAAUACAGACGGACAGUGGAUGUGCAGUGCCUGUGCCAUCGCUUCAUUGUCAGAGGAUCGCUCGUGCCAAGUGGGAGUUUUUAUUCGGGACCCCCGCUGAGGAGGCUUAUAGCAGGGGGGAGAAAAAUUCUCUGGAAACCUCCACAGCUCCUCCCAGUGGUAACUCCAGUGAGUCUCCCACCCCGACUCCCCCUUCCUCCCUGCCUCUGCUUUCUGCCAAUCACGAGGUGCAACAUGUUGAGGUGGAACUUGUGACCCCUCCCCCAGCCGUUAUCGGGACGUCGCCCAAAACCGGCAUAAUUCGCAGAACGCUGAAGUAUUCAGAAACCGACUUGGACGCCGUCCCGCUGCGGUGCUACCGCGAGACGGACAUAGACGAGGUGCUGCUGGCGGAGCAGGAUGACGGCGACUCUGCGUUUGGGAGCAACCGCAGCGUGCAGGGCAACUCGGGGACAGGCAGACAGAGAGGGGGGUGGUAG